CUGACACUGAGAUAAUAAACACAUGCCAUACGGACCUGCAGAACUGCAAUCAAGCGUAGAAGAAAUCAGUCAUGUACCUGUCGUUCACAACAGUUGUUACCCUUCUUGUGGUAUUUACAGGUGCAUUCAGCGCACCGGUUAACCAACCAGUUGGAAUCAGUUGGAAUAACGUGAAAGUUAACGAGUAUUCUUUACAACUGAAUCAACUUGCUAAACGUCUCUUAAUUGAGGAGCUCAGUCAUUUGAAAAGUGUGGAAAGAGUUGUCAAAUGGCCAAGAGUACUGGUGGAAGCCACAGACAAAUGUGAUCCAACAAAUCUAAGAGCAGAUUCAACGCCUUGCCUUAACAAGAUGGUUUCUGCUCUGAAGAACUACAGGAUAGUAUUUGGGAUAAUUAGUCAGUUCAAGAGUAGCUGUGCAAAAGUUGGAGAGAAGGUGAACAAAGUAGUGGAAGAAGUCCUUUUUCAAAUGGGGGAGCCCCGUCCUGAUUCAGAAGAGAAUUGGUCAAAAGUGAACAGCUGGGAAGAGCCAGGACUGUGUCGUGACAAUAUUGAGAAGCUGUUCUCCUUCUCCAUCCUCAUGGCUCGGGUCUUUGCCCCUGGUGAUCCUGCAAAAUACAUAAUGAAUUCAACUAAAUAUAGUAUCUAGAGCUGGGAAACAGGCCACAAUUGAUUCGUCAUCUGUGAUCUGUUUCAGUAUUGGAUAACUUAGUAGUAGAUGGCCAUCUAAAUUCAUUGUAUGAUCAAUUUGGUCAAAAUAGUCAGAAAAGACAAGUAACUGUUAGGGUGUUGUGUGUUAUUACAAUGUUUAUGAAACAUUUCAAACACACGUAUGUAUCUGCCUGUGUUCCACUAUGGAACGGUUGUUUAUAAUUAGGAAUGUAUUUGUAUGUAUCCAUAUUAAUGUAUUAACAUUUUUAUAAAAUGUAGUUGUGAAGUAACUUAACAUAUUUAUUAAAAUAUGUAUUUAUUUAACUUAUUUAAUUUCUGUUAACACAUUUAUCUGCCAAUAUAAUAUUUUUUAAACAAAGUGUAUUUAUAUUCUUGUAUACCGUUCUCCACGUGUCAAAUUGC